UCUCAUUGUUUCUCUGUCCAGUGGAGGGAGAGCUGCAGCUUUUCACUGUUUAAAUGUUCUUCAUCCAACAGAGACAAACUGCUGGAGGAAAAUCAUUCAUCUGACAGCAAAGAUGCAGUGGAGUCUGAUUCUGCUCUUCCUGAUGGCUCAGUGUUGCUUCAUUGACUGUCAGCUCUAUACGUAUCAUUACAUUAAUCAGAAUAAGAACUGGACUGAAGCUCAGCAGUACUGCAGAGAGAAACACACUGACCUGGUCACAGUGACUAACAUGAAGGACAUGGAGAGACUCAAGAUCUCAGCUGGAGGUCAGAGUGAAGCUUGGAUUGGUCUGUAUGAUCCAACAAAUGGUCCCAGAACAUGGUACUGGUCUCUGACUGGAGUGGAGUUCAAUGAAAAAACUAAUACAACCCAUAAAUAUCACCUGAUUAAAGAGUUGAAGACCUGGCAGGAAGCUCAGAGUUACUGCAGAGAGAAACACACAGACCUGAUCAGUGGAACGAAGCAACUAGAGGAUGAAGAAGUUAAGAAAUUGAUGAUCUCUUCAGAUCAUAUAGUAUACUUUGGUUUAUUCAGAGACACCUGGAGGUGGUCAGAUGGAAGCAGUUUCUCUUUCAGACACUGGAAUCUGAAGUUUAACAAUCAGAUAAUCAACAGAGGUCAAUGUGCCAUGACUGUGUUUGAUGAUGGAGGCAGAUGGAGGAAUGAGAACUGCAAUGAAAGAAAACCCUUCAUCUGUUAUGAAGAUAAAGUGAUCCUGAUCAAAGAAAACAAAACCUGGCUUGAGGCCUUGACCUACUGCAGAGAUCAUCAUGAUGACCUGGUCACCAUCACCAACAUGGAUGAUCAGAUAUUGAUCCAGGAGAAAGCUAAGGAGGCAUCGACUCCUUUUGUCUGGUUGGGUUUGUUCUUCAGCUGCUUGAAGAAUAAGUGGUUCUGGGUCUGUAAGAACAAUCCAAACUUAGAAAGACGGAUCAAUAAUUGUGGAAAAUCUGGAGCCAUGGAGGCAGGAGGAAAACACAUGUGGUUCCAAGGAAACAGCACAGAGAAGUUGAAUUUCUUCUGUCUUAAGCGUUAAGUUGUUCUUUCCUUGUUUGCUCUUUUUAAAAAUAGUUUAAGAACUUUGUUGAAGUUUACAUUUUAUUUCACCUAUGAUAAAAAAUGACGACUAGUAGAGAUUCAAACUAGAGGUUCUGCUCUGAACUUUGUUUCUGUUCAGUUUGUAAUUAGCUUGUACAUGAACACAUUUCUCUUCCUUUACUCCAGUUUUAUUUUACUGAAGACAAAAUGGCUCUUUGUGUUGUAAAGGUUGCAGAUCUCUGCUUUAUACUGAAAGCAAAUAUGAUGUUCAAAUUUAAUGCUAUUAAAUACUGAGGAAUUAUAUGUAAACUUCUCAUUUUGAACACAUUAAUAAAUACAUUUCUAAUGUUCUCUUUCUGUCAUUAUUUUUAACAUUUAGCAAAUUGAAGCAAUGUUGCUCAUUUUAACUGAUGUAAAACAAGAAACUGAUUAAA